AUGGUUGUGGGAGUGACGGAGUUGGCGCCGCUGAACACCACCCAUCUGUAUGACACAUUCGACUACUACAUCCAUCCCCACUGGAAGCAGUUUCCACCUGUAUCCGACACAUGGCACUACUUCAUCGGUCUCUUCAUCACAGUGGUUGGUAUCAGCGGUGUGAUUGGUAACAUAGUGGUCAUUUCGAUCUUCACUACUACCAAGACGCUCAAGUCCCCUUCCAACAUGUUGAUCGUUAAUCUCGCUCUAAGUGAUCUCACCUUUUCGGCUGUCAACGGGUUUCCUCUAUUGACUGUAUCUGCUUUCAAUACUAGAUGGGUGUUUGGAGAUGUCGCCUGUCAAUUUUACGGGUUUAUAGGCGGUAUAUUCGGACUCAUGUCUAUCAAUACAUUGGCUAUGAUUUCAAUUGAUCGCUGUAUUUGCAUUACCAGACCGCUCCAAGCUGCACGGAUUAUGACUCGAAAGACAGCUUUCAUGAUGAUCGUCGUUGUUUGGGUAUGGGCAGUUGGAUGGUCACUGUUGCCGUUAUUCGGUCUUGGGGCGUACAUUCCAGAGGGUUUCCAGACAUCUUGCACAUUCGACUAUUUGACCAAAAGCACCUCAAACAGAAUAUACAUCGUAGGCAUGUACGUCUUUGCCUUCGCCUUACCACUAUUGUUGAUCGUUGGAUCAUAUAUUAUGAUUAUUGGUGCCAUCAGAAAGCAUGCUAGAGAAAUGGCAAGCAUGGCCGAUAAGCUCAACGCCGAAGAAGCAGAAAAGCAGGAAAGAACGAAAGCGGAGAUCAAAAUCACCAAAAUUGCCAUGACGCUCAUCUCGCUGUUCAUUCUUUCGUGGAGUCCAUAUGCCACAAUUGCCUUAAUGGCGCAAUUUGGGAAUCCCAGUUUUGUCACUCCAUUGAUGGCAGAAAUGCCCGUUAUGUUGGCUAAGGCCUCUGCUAUGCACAAUCCGAUUGUGUAUGCACUCAGCCAUCCGAAAUUCCGUGCCGCUUUAAAUGAGAAAGCACCUUGUUUCCUCAACUGUUGCAAACCAAAACCAAAGCCACCAGCAGAACCUCCAUCAAAGGCCCCGGUUGGACGAUCCGCCAGUGAAUGCAGUGCAUCCACAGUUGCAAGUUCCUACGGACCAGGGUACGAAAUGCAACCGACCAUGAACCAAGGAGUAAACUCAGGUGAACUUGUCAAGGAACUGGUGGGUGCUAUUGUCUCAAUGGCUAACAACCAACCAAAAACUGUCCAACCUGUUUUCAUCCCAGGUGCCGGAAGUGCUCCCGCAACUCCUGUUGCUGUUCCUGCGACCCCAGUGCCAACGGCCGAACAAGUGCAAACCACAUCUGCAGUCAUCGAAAAGGCAACAAAAGAACUUAAAGCGUAA